CCAUUUUGGUUCGGAGCGUUCCACAGGCGUGCUGGCCGCGCCAGUGCGCAAGCCUGGCUGCUGUCGCGACGGCGCGCGGUCGCUCCGCCAGCCUGUAGCGAUCUGCCCGCGAAGGGGCGCCAUAACUGCGGCUGGCGCAGCGGCUGGGGGGGGCGAGUGCGCAGCGGCUUGGCCCUCCACCGCCACCCAGCGGCGGGCGCGAUGGGCAGCCUUGGCUCGCAGGCGCUCAAGCACAGCCGCCGGCGCUCCGCCUGGAGGGGGGCCCUGCUCGCGGCCUGGGCCGUGCUCGCGGCGGCGGCCCUGCUCGCUGCCGCGGCCAUGCACGCCGCGAGCCCCCAGCUGCGCCCCGCGGUGGCCGCGGCCCUCGCGCUGCUGGGCCUGCUUGCUGCCGUGGUCGUCCGUGGGGGCAGGCGCUCGGGCGCUUGGCAGGGCCCAGCGCCCCACAGCGCGCCUGGCCUCGCUGCCGACGCCGACGCGGCCGAGGGCGAGGACUCCGACAACCCACCGUGGGAUGGAGCGGCCGGCGUGCCGGGCUGCAUCUACCACGCGAUGCACGACACCUUCGAGGUCUUGCAGGCGCGCUUGCCUGGGCUCGUCGCACAGGGCUUCGACGCUGUCCAGCUGCCGCCGGCCCAGCGAUGCACUCCAGGUGAUUUACGCGAGGAGUGGUGGCUACGGUACCAGCCUAGGAGCUACGGUGCCAUUGACCCCGCGCUGGGUGGGGAGAGUGGCCUGCGCCAGCUCUGCGCGGAAGCGGCAGCGCUGGGGGUCGCAGUAAUUGCCGACUGCGUGUUCAACCAUUGCGCUGUGGUGGCGUCUCGCGAGGAGUGGGAGGCGGCGCAGCAUGACGAGGGCUUGCUGGAAGAGCUGAAGGGAAGGCUGGACACCGCUUUUGGCCCAGAGCUCUGCCGUGACGACUUCCAGUUCCCGUGGGUUGCUCUAGAGGGCGACAAAUGGGACGACCCUCGGUUCACCUACGAGGGUUGGGGCUGCGGCGAAUGGAGCGAACUUCGGUGGUCUCCAAAGGUGUUGGCGCUACACUUCCAGCACCUCCGCCUCCUCCUCACCUGCGGCGUGAGAGGGUUCCGGUUUGAUGCGGCCAAACACAUGAGGCCUGCGCACGUGUGCGAGUACGUGAGUUUCUUGCGAAAGGAAGGCGCCGCCUUCGUGUACGCCGAGGUCCUCUCGAUGAAUAAGGACGUACACAAUCAGUACACUGAGCUCAGCUGCCGUGGUUUCCCGGUGCUGUCGACAGACUUCAUCGCGGCCUCGCAGCUCCACGCUGCGCUCCGCGGCAACGGCAGCGGCGGCGGCUGCUGCGCACUCCCUCGCCUAGCAGGUGUCGAUCGCCUCGGCCUCGGCGGCCGUGCGGUGCGCUUCGUGCGGAACCACGACACGGUGCUGAACGCGGGGGAGGCACUCUGCGGGAUCGCUUGGCGCAGUGCGGAAGACGCGGGCGCUGCGUGGGCGUAUGUCCUGGCACACUCGGGCAGCCCAGUGUUGAUCUAUGGGCCAGAUGCUGAGGCGCCAGCAGUGCGCCGAGCCCUGGCGUUCCGUGCGGCAGUGGCGCGCGCGGCAGCCACGGCGGAGUGCGGGGGCAGGCAUGUCAAGCCCAAGGGCGGAGCCUGCCCAGCCCUCGAGACGGAGGCGGUGCUUUGGCCCCCGCCCGAGUUCUCCCUCGUGUUGGUGGUAAUGCGGUCUCGGGGCGAGAGGGGGCGCAUUCUCGGCGUCGCAGCUUUUAAUUUCUCGCACUGCGGUGUCGCCCUAGGUCUUCCAGAAGGACUGCACGGCCGCCUCUUGACGGAGGUACGUGGCGGCGAUGGGCUGCAGCAGCCAUCGAUUUCUGGCCCGUGCAGUAGAGGGUCAGAGCUCGGUGGGCGCGAAGAGGUUGCCCCGAACACUGCGCGGCUGUUUCUCGUGGACCAGGCUUGCGCACAAGCGGUGGAAGAUCCGAACGUGCCGCUGGUGCCUGCGCGCUUCACACUACUGUACUUCUCCGGCUGGUCGGCGCCCCACAUACAUUUCAGAAUAUGCGGCCAUUGGAGCAGCCUGCCAGGCUGGCCUCUUGCCAGAUCCGCGCCGCCGCCUGGGCGUGGCCCUGGCGAGUGCAGCAGCAAGUCCAAGUUUGGAUGUUGGUGGCGCAUUGCGAUCCCACUGCCGUGUAGAGAAUGUUGUGUAGAGUUCGUGCUGAACGACGGUGCUCCGGGAGGCGGGCCACAAAGCUGGGACAACCCAGUGAUUGGCGGGAAUUAUUACAUUCCGAAGCCUGGCACUUACGCGCUGGAGCGGGGCAGUGUUUGCCCCUUGAGCCGCGGCAGCCACUGA